AUGCAUACAGUUGUAUUUGAUCCUACUGAUGAUGUAUCAACUAUCCUUUCUCAUGCUGAACAUCAAAAAACAAUGCUCACUUUCAGAAAUAGCACAAAUUGUGUAGAUAAUAAGAUAUCACUUCCAGAAUUUAUGAAGAUACCAGAUCAAAACUUAAACUCGCUUAUCAAUGCCAUAUUUCCUGAUAUCUCAAAAAUAGGAAUAUAUGCUGAACAUAUUAAUCAAGAAAUCCUUAACAUGUUUCCAGAAGACCAACACACAUAUUUUAGUGCAGAUGAAGCUGUAAUUGAAGAAGGCGCUGACUAUAAUACUAUCUACCCUACUGAAUUUCUCAACACACUUAAACCCAACGGAAUGCCACCUUUGAAACUUAAUCUUAAAAUAGGUUGCCCAAUAAUACUUCUUAGGAAUAUUGCUCCAGGAGAAGGCCUCUGCAAUAGACAAUCAGUAAAAUAUGUAGGUCCUAACCUUCAAAAAUCUGUAUUUACACAUGGCCAACUUUAUGUAGCCCUUAUGCGAAGUACCUCUCUAUGCUCAAUUAAAGUUCUUUUUCCUCAAGAAAAUAUUGAUACAACAACAACAAAUAUAGUAUACCCUGGAGCUCUUAUGUCUAAUACACACGAACAUAAUCAACUUUAA